AUGGCCACUCAACUCGAUCUCCUCAUUAUCAUCCUCACUGUCUCCCUUCCCCUCUUGUACCUCUUCAGAGAAUCACUGCCAUUCAUCGGCGGUAAACCUUUCGCCGACUCCACGCAGAAUGGCUCGGCUCCAAGUAAAGCUAAGAAGGUUGAGGAGGAGGGAGAUCCCAGGAACUUCGUAGAGAAGAUGGAAAGAGCUGGAAAACGCGCUGUCAUAUUCUACGGAUCUCAAACAGGUACAGCUGAAGAAUAUGCCAUCCGACUUGCUAAAGAAGCCAAAUCACGAUUCGGUCUUUCCUCCUUGGUUUGCGAUCCCGAAGAACACGAUAUGAACCUUUUGGAUCAAAUCCCUUCAGACGCAGUGGUAUUCUUCGUAAUGGCUACAUACGGUGAAGGUGAACCUACAGAUAACGCAGCAGGAUUGAUGGAAUUGAUCUCUGAACCUGAACCUGAAUUCUCCCUUGGUGAGAGUAAAUUGGAAAACCUCAACUAUGUCGUUUUCGGAUUGGGAAAUAAGACUUAUGAGUUCUACAAUGAAGUGGCCAGAAAAUUAGAUAAACGAUUGAGUGAAUUGGGAGCAAGGAGAAUUGGAGAAAGAGGUGAAGGUGAUGAUGAUAAAUCCAUGGAAGAAGAUUAUCUGGCUUGGAAAGAUCCAAUGUGGGAAUCGUUCUCUAAGAUUAUGGGUGUAGAAGAAGGUGGUUCAGGUGAUGUAGCAGAUUUCUUAGUCACUGAAAUAACAGAUCAUCCACCCGAAAAAGUAUUUCAUGGUGAACUUUCACCUCGAGCUUUGUUAGCUGCAAGUGCAGCCAAUACCCCCUCUGGUGGAUACGGUAUCAAGAACCCUUACCCUGCUCCUGUCUUAGCUUCCAAAGAACUUUUCACCGUUGGAGGUGAUAGGAAUUGUGUUCAUAUCGAAUUCGAUUUGACCGGUUCGGGAAUGUCUUAUCAACAUGGUGAUCACGUUGGAAUUUGGCCUUCAAACCCCGAUAUCGAAGUAGAUCGAAUGUUAUCUGUCUUAGGUUUAGAUUCACAAGAUAAGAGAUUUAAUAUAAUCGAUAUCGAAUCUUUGGAUCCUGCUUUGGCAAAAGUACCUUUCCCUACUCCUGCGACAUACGAUGCGAUCUUCAGACAUUAUUUGGAUAUCUCCGCUAUAGCUUCAAGACAAACUAUCGCUUUCUUAGCUAGAUAUGCUCCUACCGAAUCCGCUCGAGAGAAAUUAACAGCAUGGGGAACGAACAAGGAAUUAUAUGCUGCAGAGAUCGAUGGUCCAGCUCUGAAACUUGCUGAAGUGUUACAAGCGGCUGUAGGAGAUUCUGUAGAUGCCAAUGGCGAUAAUGCUUUCAGUUCGACCAAAUGGCCAAUCCCAUUCGAUAGGAUCGUAUCUUCCAUACCAAGAUUACAACCUCGAUAUUAUUCGAUCUCAUCUUCAUCCAAGUUACAUCCUACUGCCAUUCACGUUACCGCCGUCGUCCUCAAAUACCAAUCGGCAGCUUCACCCGUUCACCAUCAUGAACCUCGAUGGGUGUUUGGUCUCAGUACGAACUUCAUAUUGAAUGUGAAACACGCUCACUCGGGAGCGAACACACCUGCAUCCGAACAGGAUAAUGCUCUUGAAUCGGUCACGAUGAAGAAAGUCCCUUCAUACAAGCUGGCUGGACCUAGAAAUAGUUAUGUCAAAGAGAAUGUAUACAAGGUCCCUAUACAUGUCAGACGAAGUACAUUUAGAUUACCCACUUCGCCUAAAGUGCCAAUCAUCAUGAUUGGACCAGGUACCGGUGUGGCACCAUUCAGAGGAUUCGUACAAGAACGUAUCGCUCUAGCUCGAAAGGCUAUAGAGAAGAAUGGACCUGACGCGUUGAAAGAUUGGGCACCGAUGUACUUGUUUUACGGAUGUAGGAAAUCGAAUGAGGAUUUCUUGUACAAAGAUGAAUGGCCAGAGUAUGAGAAGGAACUCAAAGGAGUGUUCAGGAUGAAAGUGGCUUUCUCAAGAGAAAUGAAAAAACCUGAUGGAAGCAAAGUAUACGUACAAGAUCUCAUCCAUGAUCUUCGAUCUGAACUUGCACCCCUGAUAGUGGACAAACGAGCUUAUAUCUAUAUCUGCGGUGAUGCCAAGAGCAUGUCGAAGGCUGUGGAAGAAAGACUGACCCAGAUGCUUGGUGAAGCUAAAGGUGGAACUGCUGAAGUUGAAGGUCCCAAGGAAUUGAAGAUGCUCAAGGAGAGGAAUCGACUCAUGACUGACGUUUGGAGUUAA